UCUGCGGAAGCUGUUGGUGAGACCGGACCGGGAUCAUGUGUGUCGCUCCGGUUGCCAUUCUGCAGGAAGGGUGUCAUGUGCAGGGACACGGUUCACGGGGAUGUCGCCGGGACCGGAGGGCUUGAGUUAUAAGGAGAGCCUGGACAGGCUGGGACUGUUUCCCCGGAGCGAAGGAGGCCGAGGAGGCACCUUAUAGAGGUUUAUAAAACCACAAGGGGUGUAGAUAAGGUGGACGGUCACUGUCUGUCUCCAUCCAUCCCCCUCCCAGGGUAGGGGAGUCUAAAACCAGAGGGCACCUCCCCCACCGUCUCCCGCCACCCCCAGACUCACCACCCCCCCCACCCCCAGCGUCUCCCCUCAGCGUUUCCCCCCACCCCCAGCCUCUCACCCAGCUGUCAGUUCCGCCCUCGGAUUACAGCGGGUGGAGUUCCCUGUGUUUGCACGGAGCGUGUGGUCCCAAGGACGGGACCUUCCCCACGCACGGAUCCCGGCGGCAGGAUACAGCAGGCAGAGGAUUUGUUUAUGGGAAUCUCAAACACAACGUCAGCGAAUUUACACUGGGAGAGUCCGUUCACCUACUCUGAGUGUGGGAAGGGAGUCACUCUGUUGUCCCAUUUGCUGACACACCAGCGAGUUCACACCGGGGAGAAACCGUACACCUGCUCUGAGUGCGGGAAGGGAUUCACUCGGUCGUCCCGUUUGCUGAAACACCAGCGAGUUUACACCGGGCAGAGGCCGUUCAGCUGUCCUGAGUGCAGGAUGGGAUUCCCUUGCUCAUCUCACCUGCUGAAACACCAGCUGGUUCACACUGAGGAGAAAGAUUAAACAUGCUGUAUGCUCAAUAUACAACCAUCACUGCUACUGAAAUCUAGCGCAAAUUCACAAAUGUUACAGGUGUUCACGGGGGUCGGAUUCUGUCGACGCUGCUGAUCUCGCCCAGGAUUGAACCCUGGUCAUUGGGCACAGUUGAUUUUCUUUUGUAAUCUCUUUAACUGAGUUAGAGUUCAAUGUUCUGGAUCUCUG